GGGAGUGAGAAACUGAAACAAGAAGCAAGCAGCAAAGUAGAGCGUUUGUAACGCGUUGCAAUUUAACACAUUGAUCUAGAUUUCUAUUUGAAUUAGAAUCUAGAUCUAGUUGAGAAAAGAAGACGCUAACCAUCUUGUUCUAAUAUAUUUUAUGAUGGCAGACAAACGAGAGUCGGGGCGAGUGAAAGAAGUACAGGCUACACGUGUGCUGGAUGAAGCAGCACGACGCAGGCGUCAGCGUAAGGCCCUUGAGGCCCUGGAGCAGGACAACUUCUCUGAGGACCCUCAUGCUGACCUCAAGAUGAGCAAGAAAGCUCCAAAGUUUGAGGAAGUUAUGGACACCAGCUCAGGACCAGGACCCAAGAGAAAGAAAAAGACAAAAGGAGACUUCAAACUGCGCUAUCGCAAGAACUUUGCAGCCUUAUUGGAGGAAGAGCACAUGAUGAACCGUGAGGGUCCGUCCUACACCAGCAGUUGUGCACCCCGAUCCAAACUUCCGGAGCGUCGCUUCUGUGCAGUCUGUGGUUUCCCCUCCAACUAUACAUGUGUCCAGUGCGGCACGAGGUACUGCUGUGUACGUUGCUUGGGAACGCAUAAGGACACAAGGUGCUUAAAGUGGACAGCAUGAUGGAGGAACUGGACAGAUGACACUCUUGCUGACACUUAUGUGCUCAUGACUUUUAUACCACUGUGGCCAACUGACCAGAUAUUCACCAGCGAGUUGUGUUUAUCAGACAAGUGAGCAUGCUGUUCAGAACCUCACGUUCUGACUGGAUAUCUCUGCUGCGUUUUUACUGUGCCACAGAGACACUAACUGAUGUCUGCGAAAAUAAGUCGCCCCGGUUCCCUUGUGUAUUAUUAUCAAAUGCCAUGGGUUCUAGCAACUUUCGACAGGCAUCUGUGGUGUGGUACUUAACCCUAUCAGUACGUCAUUGGGAACACUGUGCCACUACUUUCCAGAAAGGAAAU